AUGCCGAAGAAACAACGCCCUCUAUCAAUUCCAAAAGAAUUGCCACCCUGCGAUGGCCCUAAACUCAACCUAUUUGAGCACCAUGAUUGUGAAAUUGAAUGGAUCGAGAGGAUUGGGUGGGAGGACGGCGUGACAUCGAACGAGGGAUAUGUCUUCCGUGUCAAGAUCAACAAUGUCGAAUACGCGCUGAAAGUGUUCAAGUUCCAUAACCCCAUCGGGACUAAGUGGUCAUGGGGAAUGUGGAUUGGAUAUGAUGUGCCACUACAGACCGUGGCGUACUAUAAGGACCCGUUUUAUAACGAAUGCCGAGCGUAUGGCCGAAUUCGCCGGCCGCUAAGGGGGAAGCGAAAGCUGUCUGAUGUGGCCGUUCCAUGCCAUGGCUUCCUUUAUCUUAGUGACCGAGACCAACAAUAUCUCGACGACAACGGGUAUGAGCUAUGGUCAAGUAUUAUCGACCCCUCCUACCAAGAGAAAACCAUUGAAGGAUUCAGGUACCGAGCGAUCGUAAAAGAUCUGGCAUCAUCAGACCCUGGAAUCACAGGGGAUAAUCUGGGAAAGGUUUUCAACCGCAUUGUUGCAAUGAACCAGCACAAGAUCGUCAACUGUGAUAUUCGACUGGACAACUUCAGAGACGGAAAGAUCGUUGACUUUGGCAAUUCUUUCACCUCACCUCAUAUAAUCAUGGAUUCAUUGAGGGCUGCAGAUAUCGACUUCCAUAGGGCUUGGGAUCGCAAGCUCACCAUCGCUCGCAAACUUGUCACCCUGCUUGAGCCAUUCAAGGCCAAACUCGUUCACAACCAUCUGCUCAUUGACCCGGCUGGCGCUAUUCUACCGCGUUCUAGCGCUGACUAUCAACCGCUGAGGUGCGCAAUCCGGGCCGCCGUCUUUGACGCCCUGGCGGUGUCCCGUGACACCUUCGACUCGGUCUUCGUCUUCACCGAUUUCCAGUCCGACGACGAAAUUGGCAGCGCCGUUAUGGGCGAGUACCGCGCCAUGGCGGCACGCCGUGGCUGCACCUUCGUCCCUAUCACCCUCACCUGUAGCAAGGAGGAGAAUCUGCGCCGGCUAGUCUCUUCGGAGCGGUCUGUUCACGGUAAGCUGACCGAUGCGGAGCUGGUGGCGCGCCUCCGUGAUAAUGCUGUGACGCACCAGUCGCCAGCUGACCCCUUCCAGUUGGAGCUUGACCUCACGGAGUUGGAUGCCGAUGCCGCGGCGCGAAUGGUACAUCAACAUAUUCUAGAGGUCUGCGUCGAGUUGGGCAUGGAGUGA